GCUGACUUGACGGUAACACGGUGCAGCUCCUACUUCACAGGCAGCCAGCGGAGGAGAGCCACCAGUCCGAGUUGGUUGAUCUGAGGCGAAGAAACACACCGACUGGCAUCCGCGCCGGAGAGGAGCGAGGAGCCCGCGUUCACUGCGUCCCGUCCGCCUCCUCCACACUGUCCCCGCGCACAAUAAAGGAUGAACGCAUUGUGGAGGUUUGGACACUUUGGGCAGCAGCGCGCAGUGGAUAACAGGAUUUAGUGAAGAAGUUGGCUUUCGCAGCGGCGGUGCCCGAGCCGAGGACUCUCGCUGUCAAGUCGUGAGGGGGAUUUCUGACUCUUUUUUUUUUCCCACUGACGCCAAAACUGAAGGUCCCGAAGCACGAGGACCUGCGGAUUUAAGAGAAGUUUUGUGGUUUUUAUGAAGUUUACCGGAGAAUUAAAGCGGUUUGUCUUCUUCUGAAUGCUUGGUGACAUCUGAAAUCUGAAAGGCAGGGAUUUGCUGUCAAAACGGAAUACUUUGGGUCAGUGGCGGGGAAUAUUUGGAUAGUUUCUUGCGGCGUCAGUGGCUGCUAUUCUGCUGGACAGCAUGCGAACAGAGGAUGUUGUCUGAGUUGGGCCUCGCUGCUCUGCGUCUCACCUCGUCGUCCAGAGGAAUGACGGCUCUGUGGUGCUCACUCUGGCUUUCCUUCCUCCUGCCUCUCUGCGUCGCUCCGGCCAGGCUGCCCACUACUCAGCCCACAGACUCUGUGUCCAGCGAGACAGCCUUCCUGGAGGACUAUGUUCUGGGCAUGGGGGACACCCUGGAAAUGUCAUGUGACCUGGAAGACCCCUCAGAGCCCAUCGUCUGGUUCAAAGACGGCAUAGGACUGGUGCCCAGUAACCGGACGCGGCUGGGUCAGAGGAUGUUGCGCAUCAUCAACGUGUCGUACGAGGACUCGGGCGUCUACUUGUGCCGGCUCGCUCACAGCAACACGCUGCUCAGCAACUACACCAUCAGGGUGACAGAUUCUCUGUCGUCUGGUGAUGAUGAAGACUAUGACGAAGAUCCAGAAGAUGCAGAGGCUCCGUACUGGACCAGGCCCGACCGGAUGGACAAGAAGCUUCUGGCCGUUCCCGCUGCCAACACCGUCAAGUUCCGCUGUGCCGCGGCCGGAAACCCGACGCCAACCAUCCACUGGCUGAAGAACGGCAAAGAGUUCAAGGGAGAGCAGAGGAUGGGAGGCAUCAAGCUGAGACACCAGCAGUGGAGUCUGGUGAUGGAGAGCGCUGUGCCAUCAGACCGGGGGAACUACACCUGCGUGGUUCAGAACAAGUACGGCGCCAUCACCCACACCUACCAGCUGGAUGUGCUAGAGCGCUCCCCUCACAGGCCCAUCCUUCAGGCGGGCCUACCGGCCAAUCAGACGGUGGUGGUGGGCAGCGACGUGGAGUUCCACUGUAAGGUUUACAGCGACGCCCAGCCACACAUCCAGUGGCUGAAGCACAUCGAGGUCAACGGCAGUCGCUACGGCCCCGAUGGCGUUCCCUACGUCAACAUCCUGAAGACGGCUGGUAUUAACACUACAGAUAAGGAGCUAGAGGUUCUCUUCUUGACCAAUGUGUCUUUUGAGGAUGCGGGCGAGUACACUUGUCUGGCAGGGAACUCUAUCGGCUAUGCUUACCACUCUGCUUGGCUGACGGUGCUUCCAGCAGUGAGCCCGGAGAAGGAAGACUACUACAUCGAAAUCCUCAUCUACGUGACGGGCUGCGUGCUCUUCAUCCUCGCCGUGGUCAUCGUCGUCCUCUGCCGCAUGAGGAUGACCACGCAGAAGACGCUGCCCACGCCGCCCGUGCAAAAGCUCUCAAAGUUCCCCCUCAAGAGACAGCAGGUGUCCUUGGAUUCCAACUCCUCCAUGAACUCCAAUACGCCACUGGUCAGGAUCGCCCGCCUGUCAUCCAGCGAUGGACCAAUGCUGGCCAACGUUUCCGAGCUGGAGCUACCGUCUGACCCCAAAUGGGAGUUUCCUCGAACACGACUCACUCUGGGUAAACCUCUAGGAGAGGGCUGCUUCGGUCAGGUGGUGAUGGCCGAGGCCGUCGGCAUCGACAAAGAGAAGCCCAACAAGCCGCUCACUGUUGCUGUGAAAAUGCUGAAAGAUGACGCCACAGAUAAAGAUUUGUCAGACCUGGUGUCAGAGAUGGAGAUGAUGAAGAUGAUUGGAAAACACAAAAACAUUAUCAACCUGCUGGGAGCUUGCACGCAGGACGGUCCUCUGUACGUCCUGGUGGAAUACGCCUCUAAAGGCAACCUGAGGGAGUACCUGCGGGCACGGCGGCCACCAGGCAUGGACUACUCCUUCGACACCUGUAAAAUCCCAGACGAGCAGCUCACCUUCAAAGACCUGGUGUCCUGCGCCUACCAGGUUGCCCGAGGCAUGGAGUACCUCGCCUCACAGAAGUGUAUCCACCGAGACCUGGCAGCCAGGAACGUCCUUGUGACGGAGGACAACGUUAUGAAGAUCGCAGACUUCGGUCGCAGAGACGUGCACAAUAUAGACUACUACAAAAAGACCACGAACGGUCGUCUGCCCGUGAAAUGGAUGGCUCCGGAGGCUCUGUUCGACCGGGUCUACACGCACCAGAGCGAUGUGUGGUCCUAUGGGGUGUUGUUGUGGGAGAUAUUUACCCUGGGCGGCUCCCCAUACCCAGGAAUCCCAGUAGAAGAACUCUUUAAGCUGCUGAAGGAGGGACAUCGGAUGGACAAACCUGCCAACUGCACCCAUGAACUGUACAUGAUCAUGAGGGAGUGCUGGCAUGCGGUGCCGUCACAGAGACCGACCUUCAGACAGCUGGUAGAAGAUCACGACCGGGUUUUAUCAAUGACCUCCACCGACGAGUACCUGGACCUGUCGGUGCCCUUUGAGCAGUACUCACCCACCUGUCAGGACUCCAACAGCACCUGCUCCUCGGGAGACGACUCGGUGUUCGCCCACGAUCCGCUGCCUGACGAGCCCUGUCUUCCUAAACAGCUUCCCAGUAACGGAGUGAUUAGGACAUAAAACCUGAGCUGGGAGGGGAGGGCGGACAUUAACCUCCUCUCACAGUUUGUGACUAAUAAUCACCUCUCAGUGACUCAAGCUCCUCAAGAUAUGGAAAUAAAAACUCAGCAUGCAAUACUUCCACAGUGCUUCAGCUCCUCGAUUCGUCUUAAACUCUUGGUCGAAAUCCUCUCCCAAUGAGUUUUUCUGCCUCUUCCUCCUCAUCCCCAAGAGACUCUUUAAACAUUGAAGGAUUAUUUUUUGCCGUUGAACCGUGUUUGUGUCCUUCUUUUCAGAAAUGAAAUUAUAUUUUUGUACUCGGGCCAGUCUUUUGUUACGGACAAUCUGUGGGGUGAAACCAUUCCGUGCCUACUCGGAUAAAAUAAAUCUCCUGACGUUGGGGGAAAAAAAAGACAAAAAGGAUAUAAGAGGAGGGAAUGAAGGGCAUUUGGUCAGUGACUGGUCGGCGAUCCAGUAGGCGAGGACCUCAGAUUUUUAUCCUCGCGUCUGCACGGAGCCCAGAGAAGAUCGCAAUAAAAGUUUGCGAUCAGAGAGAAAAAUCUGUCGACAUGAUACCAGCAAAUGAUGGGACUCGUUCUUCCGAAGAUACUCAAUAACUUGUCUCAACUUUCACAGAAGAUGUUCAACGACAGAAGGGAUUACAUGAGCAUAUACACAUGUUUUCUCAUGAAUUUGUACACCAUCGUCACGUUUUAGCUUCCCGAAAAAAGAAAGAAAAAAAAACAAGUUUUGUGAUAAUCAUGGAACAAAUUCCUCGUCGAAUGUGAGGCGAAGUUUCAGGGCCAUUCAGUAAUAAGUACAGUACGGUUCAGAGGGUUUUUUUAAUGUAUCUAGAAGAUGAUUUAUUGUAAAUAUAUAAAUGCAAAUAUGUAUCAUAUUGCUGUCCACAGCUAUGUACUUAAAAGACAAAAAAUUACUUUUUUUUUAAAUAUUGUUUUAGGAUGGAUGCAUUGCAAUCUAGAAGACACUGUCAUGAACGUGUAAAACAUUUAAUCAUUUAAAGUGAUACAGAAAAGGUUUAUUUGAAUAAUUAACGUGUAUAUUUGUAAAGAUAUUUAUAGACUUAACAUGUGGUUCUUAAGUUCGAAAGGUCUAGUUUAGGAUUUUAGUACUGUACGCAAAGAUUUUUAUUUCAAUUUUUUGUAACUUAUUUUACAACAAAACUGCGAUGUUAUUUUCACAACUGGCAGACUCCUCUAGUUUUUGGUCCAUCUUUUUUUUUUCUUUUGGUUUGUUUACAGUUUUUAAAAUUAAGAAUGUACGACAGACACAAAGAUGAUUUUUGAGAGCGAGUGCGAGGAGGACUGGUGAACUGAAGGUUCCUGCUGAUCGGAGCUGGAUGUUUCCGCUGAGCUCAAAUUCUGGUUUGAAAAGUUGACGUUUGCAAUAUCAAAGCAACGAUUGACUCUUGCUGGGCAAGAAAUAGCAGCGCCUCGAGAUGUGUGCCAGAGAGGCCUUUUAGUACGACUGAAGUACUUAGGGACAUAUUGAACAUCAACCACAACUAGCUGUGAAUCGUAAGAAGCCUUCAGAGAACCUCAGCAGCUUGUUUUGAAGGAAUAAUGUCCCCUAAUGUUGCUAAAAACAUCAAAUCCCACAAUGCAACACUUCCCCUGAUAUGUUGAAAUUAGAGUUAAUGCAAAACUACACCUGUCAGAGGACAUGCUAAUGAUCAAUCAACUAAAACGAGAACAAUUUCAUGCAAAACCUCAGUGACAAACUACAUUUCCCAGAAUGCUUUUCAGCAGCCACCGAGGAUCAUUCUUCAACUCAGAUAAAUGUGAAAAUAUGUAAGAAAAACAGUGGCAGCAGUCGAAAAGUAAAAGUGAAAAGAAAAGUGAAAGUUUUAUUUUUUUUUUUUUUACCCCUACUUGUAACUGCUUUUAAGCUGCAAUGCAUUCUGGGGUUUUGAGUCCAUUUGAAGUGAUAGCAAAUUUAGGUGGAUGUUUUUUCUCUUAAAGGUGCUUCUGAAGGCUUCAAACUCUUUAGUUGUAACAGAAGGUCACAGGGUCAGUUCUAACCAGCUGCGUGCAGUGACAUUCAGCACCUGUGUGCACACUCAUGGAUAGAAACAUCAGCUUGAAAGCAGAAAUGUAAAGCUAUUAUGUCCUUUUGUGCUUGAGUGUUACUAAAAAAAAAAACCUGCCCAGACGCUUGAGAUUUUAUCGCUGCUCUCUAUAGUAUUAAUACUGAAAUGAAGGCAUGCUGUGUGAGCUGUUAAGCUCCACGGCAAAAAAGAAAAUAUAUAGACAGUAUAUAUAUAUAUCAGUUUGUUAAAUGGGACUCUGAAGUCUGUGGUGGAUGCUUCUUCAAGCUCUGUUUGUUGAGGAAAAGUGCCAAAUUAGUCUUAAAAGUCUAUUUCACCGAGUUCUCCAGAUCUCUGAACCAAAUUACUGCACUGUCGAAUGUAGGCGGGCGGAGGUUACAUGUGCAGAGAAGGAUCAUGGGAUUGCCAAAUGGAUAUCUACCCCCCCAAUUUUUUUUCAUAUGCAGUCGUCUCUCCAGCUGACCCCAAAAAAGCAUAAGGGUUGAAAUGUUUACAGAGUCUGUUUUUAGCAAAGAUACGAAAGGGAAAGCGACGUUGGAGUGGCAUUGAAGGGUUCAGAAACACAGAUUCACUCGCUGCUAAAUGGAAAUGGUGGCAACACUUCACUGUGCAAUGGCCUUAUUCCAGUGUACAAACUGAAUUUAUGUAGAGAAAUGUAUUGUAAUUACCCAACAAGACUGUGUCAGUACUUAAUGGAAUCUCCCCCAGUAUUUGAAGUACUUAAAAAGAGUGAAAAUGUGUAUUUAAUUCUGUUGCUACACUGGGAGAUUUUUGUUUUUUAGCACAUUAUGUGCUGUUUUCAUUGGUUUAACAAGGCCUUUGUAAAGUGAAAGGUUACACAAACUUAUUGUUAUUUCUGUUUUCAGUACAGUUUUGGCCCAAAUCUAUGAAGUGCCUGGAAUAAUUUAGCAAACAAAAAGGAGAUUAAUCGAUUCAUUUUGAUCACAUUUUGAAUGUAUAAUUGCAAAAAAACAUAAAAAAGUAAGCAAGUAUAAGCCUUUUUUUUUUUUUGGUGAAUAAGGCAGACAAAAAGGCACUUCUGUAAAGGUUGGAUGGAUCUAAUGAAACGGAUGGUGUUUUGUUUUAUUUAUUCUUCCAUGCUGGGUAAAAGCUUUCCCUAUGGUGAGAGUAUUUUUAUUCAUAGCUAUCUGCUUUUCAGUGUUGUUUUUCAUUAAAGAGCCAGAAGAUGAUGAUGAUGAUGAUGAUGAUGAUGUAGUCAUUUUACUAGAUACUGAUGCCCCCCAUCAGGCUUUGCUCCUUGCAUAAUUUAUCCUGUAUUUUAUUUUAUUUUAUUUUAUUUGGAUGUCCUCCCUGGUCUUCUUCUGUAUCCUUGUCAAGCUUCUUACUCUGAAACUGGCAGCCUCUGUCUCUCCGUUAGGUCACUUAAAAAUGGAGGUGUUGUUUUUAACAUGUGUCUUGUUAAACUGAACAGUUACUGUAUGCUGCUGCAAAAUGCUGGAUAUGCAUAGUAGAGGGAAAAUGGCAAUUAAAUUCUCAUAAUCUGUAUUGUAGUUUGGCCCACUGAUCAGCUAGCUAGCUAGAAAUCACAGGGACAAAAAAGAUUCUUUAAACUCCAGAACUUGCCUGAGAGUCAACACAUUCUUUAUACACAGUUAGUGAUUUAAGUAUUAAAUAUUUAUAAAUGUCCAUUUACAAGAUUAAACAUUUGGGUUACAUCGCACCCAAAGUAGUAAUGUUCCCUCCAAAAGUGGGAAGCUAAUUAGCCUAGCUCGCUAAUGUUAGCACUGGUUCCAACCAGACAUUACUUACUUAAAGUUCAUUAUUUCAAUACCUCACCAAAAUUGGAGAUAUAUACAUUUCAUUUAACAGCAAUGACACUGGAUACUGGAGUUUUAUUCUAGAAAAUGUGAUGCUGUAUGUGAUGGUUCCUCUGAAUUAAAAUGCUGCAAAAACUAAGCUAACAGCUAAAGCUAAUAAAGUAAAUCUUCAGUUUGAGUGUCCCAGAUUAGUGUAAAUGCUGUUUCAGAGGCUUAAUAACAGUUGGAAAACAGUGAAUUUAUGUAUUUGUAUCAGCUUCAGUGGAAAAAUAUCCUUGUAAACCUCUAAUUGUUCUGUACAGAUGUUAAAAACAACAAAUCCUUUUUACGAGUGAACACACUAUCUUUGCUAUUGAAUGAACAAACAGCAUGGCCUCAGCAGGGAGGGAUUCUUACUGUAUGUACAGUCACACAUCAGCCUUUAAUCACCUGUCGUCUCCGCUCUGACUGACUUUAUUUAUUCUCUAUUCUGUUAAAAACAAAAAGAAAAUCAGGAUUGAAGAUGAAGCUGGGAGGAGAGGGGUGUUAUCUCGGUUUCCUCUGGUGUCUGGGAUGCACACCUUUGCUUCUGUUAUCAAAAAUAUAAAUAGUUUUUUUGUUGACUUUAUUUUCCAGGUUGGAAUGGUUAGUCUUCACACAGCUCUUUGUAUCAUGCAUCUCUAACCCGACGACGAGUUAGUCCAGAUUAAUUUAUAGUUUGAAAUAUGCUUUUUUGGUUGCUGGUGUACAUGAGUAGAGUUUUAUGUAGCUGUGUGAGCUAUUUUGUAAGAAUCUUAGAGAGGAAAUGAUUCUCAUAUACAGUUUAUUUUCUGUCCAUCACAUUUUAUUUUGCAUUCCACAUCAGGUUUUUUUUUUUUUUUUUUUUAGUGAGACAAAAUCAUGUUUGUCCUUUUUCAGUCCCACAUAAUUUAUUUUUCCUCCCUCUGUAGUCAUGUUUCUAACAUAGAAAGGUGGAACUAACCAUUUGGCAUUAUGUGAUUUUUUUAUUUUUUAUUUGUAAUUCAUAGCUUGUUUGUUGCAAUGUACCUGUUUUGAUCAUGAUGAAUCCUCUGUAACAUUCCACCACAACAACCCCUAUGGGCAAACAUCUCCCACUGGGAAAAAACAAUUUCACAACUCUCUCUCUCUCUGUCUCUCUCAGUGUCUCUCUCUCUCUGUGCCUGACAAACUAUGCUGUCAAAAAAAGGUUUUCAAUAAACAUGUUAUAAUAGC